AUUUGUUGUAUAUUAGGACUUAUUUUUACUGUAUUUAUAUUGUUUAAAUGUAGUUUAAUAUUUAAUCUUGUAUACUUAAUCAUGUAUUAUAAUGUACUUGAAUGGGUUAAAAAAUAUAAAAACUCCUUAUUCAAGGCUGUUUUCCACCUUAAAAGGUUCAAAAACUAUAAAAUUGACCAAUAGUCCAAGAUUUCCUUUUCUUACUAAAACUCCUACAAUCAUUAGUAAUUCUGGCUAUUAUAACAUUCUUCUCGACAAUAGGAUUCUUCUAACACCUCUUGGAAAUACUUUGUACACUAAUAGUUUACAGGUUGCUAAUUUGAUUAUUGAUGAAUUUAAAUCUAAUUUUAACAAAUUAACCACUUUUAAUGACCUUCCAUACACUAUGCUACUUUCAAAAUCCAUUGAUUUAUCUUUAGAUGACAAACUAAAUCAUCUCAAAACAUUAAAAGAGUCAAUAACCACUGAUUCUGUACUUUUUUUUGAGAAAGUUAAUUUUUCCAAGGAUGACCUCAGUUGUAUUUCGGAUAUCGAUUCCCUUUCCGACUCUAAUCUUGAAAAUCUCAGAAAAUUUGACCUUGAAGUGGUCCAGAGUUUCCUCUUUCCUCCAGUUUUAAAGUCAUUUUCAAGCUUUUUAAAUGUUCCUCCCCUUGUUACUAGUUCUAUUGUUUCUAAAAUUCCAUGUCAACAUCCUGAUACAAUUUCAAUUUUCGAAUCUUAUAUUGACAGUUUAAAUGUAUUUAGGUUAAUUGCUACUUUGAAAGUUCAUUAUAAUUUAAAAUCUAUUAUUCUAUCUCUUCUUUAUCUAAAUGAACUCAUUACUGCUACUCGAUGUCUUAGGUUGAGUAGGCUCGAGGAGACUGUUCAAUCUUGUCAUUGGGGUAUUACUGAUUCCUUCACUUUCGAAGAGAAUAGAAUCAUUUCUGAACUUGAAAAAUGUUCUAAUUUCUAUAAACUUAACCCUUAAUAUACUAAAAAUACUA